CCACUCCUUUUGCCCCUCUCUCGCUGCCAUGGCCAAGGGACGAAGCGGCGGCUCUGCACGCCGCGGAGGAAGCGGCGACGCCGACGAGGACGACGCCGUUGUGGGUUUCGCAAAGCUCCAGGGCGAGGACUUUGAGUACUACAUGCAGACCUACUCGAUCUUGUUGGGCCGCAGCAGUAAGACGUCGGAGGUGGAUGUCGACCUCGCCUCCAUGGGCAGCGGCUUGAGCAUUUCCCGUUGCCAUGCCCGCAUUUUCUAUGACUUCCCUCGACGCUGCUUCUCCCUAGAGGUCCUGGGGAGGAACGGCUGCAUCGUCGAGGGCGUACACCAUCAGCCUGGGUCGCCGCCUAUCAAGCUCGACUCCCAGGACCUCAUACAGAUGGGAGAAAAGAUGUUCUACUUUCUUCUUCCAUCCCAAUCCAUCGUCGACGAGGCCUUCCCAGGAGACGCUGAUGAUGCGCAUAAUGAUAAGGGGGGAGGGGAGGAAGAGGGGGAGGAAACAGAGGAGGAGGAGGAGGAGGGCGCUGCGUUUGCAGAAACUGGAAAGUUUUGGAAGAGGAAAAGGAUCGAUUUUGUCGAUGAGCAUGUUGGGGCUGUUGGUCAUGGCAGGGCGGCUGCGCUGGGACAUUCAGAAAUGGUCAAGACGAGGUCAAGAGCUGACAGAGAAGCAGACAAUCAACUACUGCUGCAGUUGGAAGAGAAAGAGGUCAUCUCGUCUAUAACUACUUUGCUGCCUAGUCUUUGUGGCCCUGGAGAACAGUUCCCCAUUGAAAAACUUCAUGCGAAGUUAUUCGAAAUCUAUGGCCAUGUAUGGCAUCGUAGCCGGGUACGAAGGUAUUUAACAUCUGAAGAGUGUCCUAAACGUGAAGCGAAGGGUAGGCCUUGGUUUGGCUUACUGAUGCUGCUAAAGAAGUAUCCGGAGCACUUUUCAAUUCAUACAGAGUUUAAAGGAAGAGUUGUAUCAGAACUUGUUUCCUUAGUUCAUUAGUCUCAGGGUUUUAUCUUUCAUCUCUAUUGGAAUCGUCUUAUAUCCUUCAUAAAACCAGAAGGAACUCAAACUAAAGAUGGACUUUUAUGUUGCCAUCUUGAUUCCUUUUGCUAAAUAGAAUGAUGAUGCAAGAUGGCGUCCAAAUCCAAAAAUUUUCUCUUUUUUUUAAUUUUA